GCCUCCUCUCGAGUUCCAGCUCUAGCCGUGGCCUCCUCUCGAGUUCCAGCUCUAGCCGUGGCCUCCUCUCCAGCUCCAGCUCUAGCCGUGGCCUCCUCUCGAGUUCCAGCUCUAGCCGUGGCCUCCUCUCCAGCUCCAGCUCUAGCCGUGGUCUCCUCUCCAGAAGUUCCAGUGGCAUUUUCUUUACUCAGUCCAGACACAGAUAUUUAUAUCUCGGAUGAAGAUGAGUAUGAUGUUGACCUCAAAUCAUUGUUAAAUACUAUGUCAAACAAAGUGGAUUUUACGGCUGCACCCAUUUCCAACCAAAUCAAUGCAACACGAUGCAACAUCAUAGACAGAGGUAUCAGAGCCUUCCGACGCCAACGUUUUAACCCUGAGGCAAAACUAGACGUUGUGUUCAGAGAUGCUGAUGGGAUUGGUGAGGGAGCAGCUGAUGAGGGUGGACCUACAAGAGAAUUUUUAACUUUGCUGAUGAGGGAAAUCCACUCAUGCGAAAUAUUUGAUGGAGAGGACUGGAAAAAAACACUUGCCUGCAAUUCCAAAGCACUGUACAAUGGAAUGUACAAACUAGUUGGACGGAUGAUAGCUGUGUGCCUGGUACAUGGUGGUGUGGAGCAACAUUUUUUUUCAGAAAGACUGUUCUGUCAGGUGUGCAAACUUCAGCCCCCAGUACCAGACCUUCAAGAGAUUGUGGACUACGACUUCAGAGCAAAGAUGACCAAGAUCCAGUCGGCACAGAAUGUAAAUGACGCACAGUGUGCUAUCAUGGAGGCGUCUGACCAAUUAAGUAUGCUGGGGUCUCUAUGGCACAUCCAGACGUUAGAGGACAGAGACAACUUGGUGGAAUCGGCUACCAAGUUUUUCACUGAGAACAGGUUGAGGGAUUCCUUGGAACAAUUUAAAGAGGGCCUGGAGUGUCUUGGGCUUUUGCCUUUGAUACAAAAGCAUCCUGAGCUCUUUAAAGAGGUAUUUAUGUACGAGGAGAAGCCACUUUUGGCCGAAGACAUAUCUGCUUUGUUUAAAGCAGGAUUAUCUCAUCUGCUGCCUGAGUAUGUAGAAGCCUCCCCUUUGCCCAUUCCAGGCUCCUCAGCAUGGUUUGAAGUCUAA